AUAUAAAAGGUGCGAGUUUCAUCAGUUCGUCACUUCAUCUUUGGUCUUCAAGAAAGAAAGAGUUGGAAGAUAACUCAAAGAACAAUGAAGAAUAUUGCACUGUUGUGUUUCCUUUUGGUGGCUUCAGCCUGUGUGCUUGGUACGUAUGAUAUGAACGUAUUUAAUGUUUCUAAUGAUUGUCUUGUGUGAAUCGAUUUAAUUUAUAAACCACAUAUCAAGGAUGCUUUUCCAGCCUUAGACCUUUUGUUCGUGCAUUAGUCUACCAAGUGAGAUACGUAGUCAAGUUGCUUCGCAACUGUGUCCUUAAUCUAUUCCUUGUAAAUGAUCUGUUUUAAGGAAAUACUAAAUUUGCAGACCCAAAUCCUGACCCCGAUACUGCGAAACACUUUGGCUUGAUAGAAUAAAUUUAAUUAUUUUCCCAACAAAGUUGCCCGCGCUGAUGAUGAGACAACAGCUGUCGAUGCUUCCAAGAUGGAAGAUCAGCAAGAGACUCCUGAUGUGAUGGCUGACGAAGAACAGACGGAAGCUGACGAGACUGAAACGAAAAACAACGAACUCGAGACUGAAAGUGACGAAAAAGAGACGGAAGAUGACGAUGAGCAAGAAGAUGCCGAUCCGCAAGAAGAUGACAGUGCGCAAGAAGACGAAGAGGUCGAAGAAGAUGAAGGUAAACCAAUAUUUCUAAUAUCGUGCACGUUAUGGCUAUGUAGCAUUGCGAACUCGAUUUGAAUUGAAAGAAGUUGGUUAUUGAGAACAAAUUCAGUCCAAAUUAUGGAUAACCCUUUCUAUCAGUAGCUAGAAAUGACAUUAGCAGCACAACGUGCAUGCACGGGCGAAACUUUUUUGGGCUGAGGCGCCACACCCCCUACCCCCUCAAGUUUCGCCCUGCGUUCAUAUACCAAUAUGGACGUCAUUUGCCUCUUUUCUGGAUACCAGAUACAAUCUGGUAAUUUGUUUCUGUCAUAUCAGCAUAAAGAAAUAUGACUGAGCUAUUAAUAUUCCUUGUUGCAGGUUUGGUUUCUGCCAGGGUUCUGCUAUAAUUCAAGUCAAAAGAAAUUAGGAUAAAAUUUACACUCAAAAUUUCCAUUCACAAAUCCUCCAACAUAUAAUACUAUUUAGUUCCACAAAUCUCACUGGAUUUUCCUUUCUUUCAAUAAUAUACCGCCCAAAAAGCGGUUGUAAGCACAGAAAAAUAUACAGAAUAUAGUUAUUUAUUUGUUUGUUAAAUGAAUUAAUUAACAAACAAUUGAAAAAAUAUGCUUCUUUCUAUAGACGAAACAACCGAUAUCGCAGAUGAUGAGCCCGAGAAACGAGGUCAGUGUUUUUCCAUUGUUAUCAUAUUAUAUUUCUAAAUUAAUUUUCUUUUUCUUUGUUGAAAUAUUUAUUGAAAGGAUUAGUGAAUCGCAUGGUGAAUAGUAAGACAAAUAUGAAAAAAAAUUUUCCAGUGUGAUAUAGACAUUGAAUUUAAAAAAAAAACUUUCAAAUUUUAGCAGAUAUAUCACACUUUUUUGUCCUCAUUCAGAUGUCCUAGCUACGUCCUAACAUGGAUUUUUGCAACUAAAUUUUAUUUCACAUCCAAUUUUCUAAUUUGAUCUGAAAUAUAUAAAAUUGACGUACGAUGGGUAAAACUGGCUGAAGGAGUCAGUGAAUUCCAUUCUCGCAAUAUCCUUGUGAGGAACUUUAAUCCUUUGGGUAUCUCCAUUAGCAAGAACAAUAUUUUUGUAUUCAAUAUUCAAUUCAACUAUCAUUUCCCCUUACAACUAGGAAAGUAGUGUUUCUAAAUUAUUCUGCCUAGGCAAAAAGCCCACUAACAUCCUAGAGCUGCACUAGAUUCACACGAUUGUAAUCACAUGGUCGGAUUUCUAUACGUUCAAAAUCACCAAUGCUUGUUUAACCAUCAUCUUCUGUUUCUAUUUUCUGACCUCAACAACAUUGACAUAAGGCUUAAUAAAGCUUUAUUUGUCCGAAUUCCCUACAAUGUGGUUUAUAUAUUCAGGUUGGGCAUGCAGACGAUACAGGAAAGGUAGACGUUGGUGUAAGGCAUGUGGAUGCCGCCGUGUAUGCAAAGCCAAAGUGUGCUCUCGACGUGUCUGCAGACGAGUGAGAUGUACCAAGAGAGUAUGCCGUAGGGUGAUCAAAUACAGAAUCGUUAGAUACAAAUACCGCAACCCUCAUUACUACGGAUAUGGGAGACGUCGUUACUUGUGGAGAAUCAAAAAGAUUCCAUAUAGAGUUCGCGUCUGCAAACGUGUGCGAAGUUACUGCACAAAAUGUUACAACCGACGUUAUUAUUGCGGUCGUGUUUGCAGACAUGUGUGCAGAUACAGAAAGGUAAGUAAUGUGUUAAUGAAUACUUAAAUAUUUCUCCUAUUCCACGUAGUGGCAUCACCUUAGUAUGUGUACGAAAUAUUGUCGUUGACUAUUUGGACCCAAAGGUGGAGAUGCUCUAAAAAAGGAGAGUCUCAGGUUCGAUCCUGUGUGUGUAUGUGUGCAUGUGAGGGGGAUGUGAGAUGCGAUCAAAGGUUCCAUAAUUUGCAGCUAAUAUGACGGCCGCAAUUCAUGAGAGAUUUGAUUUCGACUAAACGGGUCUGAUUGAUCAACAAUAUAGCUAGCGCCGUAGUUGGAAUAAAAAGUCUUAAUAUUACCUUGUAAUACGUUCCAGAAAAAAUUUUUCCCAUCUGAAUAUUUACGGAUGGUCCUUCGUGUUAAAUUUUCUGAAGGCGUUUGUUCGGAAUACAUAUAUAAUGGAACGAAGUUCAACCAGGAAUGAAGUUAAACUUAUUGUACAAUGGUAUCAUCAUUGAACCCCUUGCUGAACGUAUAUUUACCAUUGCGUAUAAUUCUAAUUAAUUUAACUACUGUAUGGUUUUCUAUUAAAUUAUUUGCUAUUUUUUCUAGUGCCAUCCCUACUACGGAUAAACUACGUCAUACCUACAAGAAUACCUGGCUAAGAAAGGAUAUCGAUCUCCAAGUAGAUAACUCCAAAUUUCCUUGAAAUAUAACAUGUAGUUAAAAGAUGUGCACAUUUCUCGAAAUUUUCUUUUUAAAAAUAAACUUAGUUUGCAAAUUACGUGUGAUUAUUCUUUGAUACUCUUCUAAUACAUUGGAUACUGGACUUUAAUGCGUAAAUAUAGAGCGAACGAAGGCCAUGCAUACAUGCAUGCAUGCACCAUAAUUUUUUUGUUUUGCUGAAAAUUUGCAAGAAGUUCUUUAUGUUAACGUGUCUGGGUUUUUUUGGAAUGAUACGAAUAUUGUAAUUAACUGUGAGCGAUCAAUUGCCACAGAUUUAUUAUACAAAUUAUAUAUAUGUAUUUCAAGCGCGUACAUCCUAUUUCCAAAUACGAUCAGCAUUACAGUACGUUAUCAUCCCUUGUGGUCUGGUGGUCAACGCACUUGCCAUACAAGCUGAGAGCCCCUUGCUCAAUCCCCGGUCGGACCUCUACUCAAGGUCUUAAAAUAGUAUUAAAUGAAAGGGAGACUACAGUAUUGUCUUUACAUUGUCAUCAGUGUAAUUGUUAGAUUUCGCGUCUUCUCGGAUAAAGACGUUAAAAUUGUUGGUGCUUGCCUUGGAUUCUGUAGCAAUUCGGCAAUAUUCUUUCGCGAAAUUCGUUUCAUUGAGUGGCAAACUAAAUUAAUAAACAUUAAUUGUGAGUUUCUAAGCCAGCGUAGAAACUUAUUUAGCUCUGCGAUGAGUGAAUAUGGUUGUUGUCCUUACUGUACAUGUGCCUUGUUAAGAACAAAACUCACUAUUCAUUUCAUACUGCGUCAGAAAAUAUCAUCUCCCAAUCAUUAACGUACUGCCUAUCGUAUCAGAAUUUUCGAAAUCCCGCUUUGCCCUUCAGUCGGUUCAGUACUGUAUAGCUCAGUGGUUAGGGCGCUGGUACGUUAAUUUAAACCAGAUAUCGCGCGUUUUGAUUCGUUCCGACAAGGGUGAAUUUCAUUCGCUAUCAAUCAGCGAAUUUGUUGACAAUAUCCCUCGAAGCCAAUCAGAAUGCGUAAUUAGUUUCUGUUGGUGAUUUCCCUGCGAGCGCAGAAGCCUACUUCCGGUAAAAACAUAACAUAAACUUCGUGGGGGGUCAGGAUUUUUAUUUAUUUUGAUUGGAUUCAACGUGGCCAGGUGAAAUAAGAAAUUUUCUAAAAAUUUGCUCCUGGGAUUUGGUUUUUAUUGCCAAGUACUAAUGUUAUCGACAUUCGAACUUUCGCGCUAUUUAUACGCAGCUGUUCGAAUUGCGAUUACUUUAAAACUAGGCAAUAAAAAGCAAAUCCCAGCGGCGAAUUUUUAGAAAAUUUCUUAUUUUACCUUGAUACGUUAAAUCCAAUCAAAAUUUAAAAAUGCUGACCCCUUUGAAACUUUAUUUAAGAUUCUAAAUUUUUCUGUUCAAAUGUGUGUUUUUACCGGAAGUAGUAACCAAUUACGCAUUGGGAUUGGCUUUGAGCAAAAAUAGCAACAAUAGCAUUGAUUGGUAGAGAAUGAAAUUUCACCUUGUUUUUCGUUCCGUUAUAUAGUCUGCAUAAAGGCAUAUUAUGGUUUGUGUUAAGAAGCCAGGUUUCCCUUUAGAUUCAAAGGAGCAAGACGUCAUUAUUUAAAGAUUACCUUGAGAUAUAGCUAUGUGCAGGUUCAGUUUCGGAGUGAUGAUUAUAGAUAGCAGCGAGGGAAUAAGGUUAUUUUGAUUCUGGCAAAGAAUUGAAGUAUGCGGAUAAUGCAAUUACAUAACUUGUUAUACCCUACCUAGGUGCAUGCUUGGCGUGCCAAUUUAUAGUUACAACAAUUCUGACGUCACUAGCUUCUUUAGCUCAGACGUCAGCGCCGCUAAAGUUUUGCAGGAUUUAUAAAUCUAAGCCUUUACUGAGGUUGUGAAUUAUUAUGCAAGAAAACGUGACCUGUAUUUCUAGCUUGUUCUCUUUGAACAAGCUUUUUUGUUCGCGCCAAGAGAAGACAAGACAAAACAAGACAAGAAGAGACAAGACAAGACGGGAAGGAACAGUAUAGGAAAGGACACGACAGGGCAGGACUAGCCUGGAAACAACAGGACUGGACUGGACAGGACAGAACACAAAAGGACAGGGCAAGACAAGUUAACAGUUCAACGAGGUAGUUUCGGGGGAAUGGGGGAGUACACAUGUCUUCCAAGUAAAACCAGAAUAAAAUUUAAAUAUAUGUUCAUUUUAUUUAUAUAUUAUAUUUUUAUCUCAAAUUUUGACAUAGUCAUACUUGGUUUAAGGUUACAGGACACCCUUUUUGGCGUUUUGCGGAAAAUCGCUACUGCGCGCUCAAUAUCAGUCCGAUUUGAAUCAAAUUUUCAUCAAAUGUUCGCCAGUGUAUGCAAAAUAUGGCAAAGUUGUAAAAUUAACAAACAAUAAAAUAAUAUAAGAAUUAUUCAGGAAAAUCUUAAAUCGCGGUACCGUUACGCUUUUGAGUUGUGCUCCUGCUGGUUUUAAGUUAUAUUUAUGAAUAUAUCAUUUUUAUACAGUAAAAUAGUUGUUCUAAAAAAUUGUGUUCGGAAUUUUUUGUUUAUUUUGUCAUUCCGCUGAUAUGGCGAUUUCUAUGACGACUGCAAUAUAUUUCUGAAUUGUUUGAGUGAAUUGCUCUUUAUUAUUAAAAUAUCCAAAAUUAAAAAAAAGCCGAACACCAUUUUGAAACUGAUAUCUUUAGCUAUGUCCUGUGAAUAUUUGAGAACAACUGGUCAAAACCCGCAGGAGCACAACUCGUUUGAAAAUCAGUAAUUACCGUAAAAUUCUUCGGGAGAAAAUUGAAUUUGAAUAUUACAUUUUCAAUGUUUUUCUUAUUGCAGCGAAAUGUAUUUUAUUAAAUAACUCUGCGAGUUUUCAACAUUUUUCGUUCAAACUUGGUCAGAUAGUAGAACUAAUCUAAUGCUUUCAUAGAAACCAAUAAAAAAAAUUUAGGCAAAAUUAACCCUCAAAGGUGUUCUGUAACCUUAAUUGCUUCAGUCCGGUAGAGUACCAUUCAAUACCCAAUUUCCUUAGUGAAAGCAAAGGGUUUAACUAAUUUUCACCACCCAUUACUGGCUGACGUUUCUUAAAAACUGAAACUCCAGUGAAUAAUAAAUACAAUCAUCAAUACAAUAAUUUUCUUCAAAGAUAUUAGGAAUCAUAAAUAAAUUAGGGAUCCUCUGCCUGGUAACGAAUCAGACGUUUAAAAGCCGAGAGGCAGACGACAGAAUUAAGUUUGUCAGAAUUAAUCUUUUUAUUUUUAGGCCAUUCCAAUAUAAUAGUGUAGCUACUACGGAGUUUAACUUGGAAUUAUAGGGAAUUUUAUAUUCCAGUGAUAAGUACUUCAUUUGUAAUCUUCCAUGGCAUAGUAAUAAUAUUUUUCGGUUUGUGGAAAAUAUAUAAUUGUUAUUGGAAAUUAAAGCAUCUAAUCAAUAAGCUCGGAUUUUAAACAAUAUUGUCGCUCAAAUUCGAAUUGUCCAAUCAUAAAACAGUAUUCGUAGCCUACCAAGUUAAAAUGUGAUUUUUACGGUGUUGUACAGAGAAUCAGUAUCGAGGCUAGGUGUCGUACUUUUCAAAGAAAGUAAUUUCUAGUCUUAAAAAAAAUGUCGACAAAAUUUAAAAAAUAGGGACGCACUGCGUACACGAGACUAGCCCAUUCAGCUUUAUCUAUAUACAAAUUUAGUAUCGUGUCUAAUUAAUAGUGUCUCGGUGCCCCCAUGUUAUUAAUUAUAUCAACACCCAAAAUGAUUACCACAUUGACAAGACCUUUAUCAGCGGUUUCCACUACUAAAUUUUUUUUUCAACAACCCAUUUUGGAAAUGUGUCUUACAUAUAUUAAACAUAAUACAGGAUAUCUUGCUAAGUUGAGUAUAUACAAGGUACGCGAACAAUAACUUGAACCUAUAUACUGAAAAAUAUUCCCAUUGCGAUAAGGCAAUUGUUUUACCAACCUUGGCGAGAUGGCGUCGUGAACACCGGAAAGGCGUUUCGAGGCCUAUCAAAUCGAAAAUAAAGUUGGUCAUGUUGCAUAAGAUGCUUAUCAGCACGCUAAUUAAACAAUUUAAAUUGCGUAUUUCUGGAACGAUUUUGUUUGUAAUUUCAAAGUUUUGUUUUAAAUCAUAGGAACACUGUCAUAAAAAUGUUAGUUGUAUGACAACCAGUCAUUUCACAUCAAAUUCAUAAUUUUUUCUUAAAAUUUUUAAUUUUUAAAAUUUCAAAAAAACUUUCUGAUUGGCUGGCUGAAAUUUCCCAGGGAAUCGGCGAGCUUUAUUUUGCGACGAAACGCCAAGAACCAUCUCCCGUGUAGUUAUAUCCAAAUUCAGUGACGAAUUUGAUGAAUUUUCGCAAAAUUAACUCGUUUUAAUGUGAUGAGAAAACAAAAGAAAACACAAUGUAGAAGUGUUAAAGUUAUGUCUUAGCAUAGUGAGUUUCGAUGUUUAUGUACUAGUUUUGUCGUCAUUUAGUUUUUGUAUACCGUUUUGAAUUUGCACUUUCUUGCCAACCUUGGGAUAUAUAUAGGUUAUCAUAUAAGGGAUGAGGUGAUAUCAGUUUUAUCGCUCGAGGGAUGAUAUCACAAUUGUCACGAGCGAGCGCUGCGAGCGAGGGACAAUUGUGAUAUCGUCCCGAGAGCGAUAAAACUGAUAUCACCGAAUCCCGAGUACGAUAUUAUAUACUUGUACCUUUAUCAGGGUUUGACACCCAAAAGUAAACAGUUUUGAAAAAAUAGGAUCAUUUUAGAAUUCAAAACAAUUCAUCAUUUAGCCCACUGAACAAAUAUGAUUUUAGAAAAUAAAUAGACAAUUCAUAUAAAUAAUAUACAAUUUAAGUCUUUCGUUUUCUAUUAUCGUUCUUGUUUCCUUCGAUAAAACUGGCGACAUCAACCAACACGAACCUCGAGUCGGCCAUCUUUGUUUUGACAAGGCGCGAAAUUUAGAGGGACAAAAAACGAUAUCCGGGACAAAAAACGAUAUCCGGGACAAAAAAGAUAUCCGGGACGAUAUCGUUUUAAUAUCCCGCCGCUUCCUACCUGAUAAAGGUACGUGAUAAAUAUAUAUAUAUAUAUAUAUAUAUAUAUAUAUAUAUAUAUAUAUAUAUAUAUAUAUAUAUAUAUAUAUAUAUAUAUAUAUAUAUAUAUAUAUUUAUAUAUUUAUAUACAUAAUGAUGCAACGCUAUUCAUGUGUUACACGUACUUCAUGUAAUACGAAUUAUAGAGGUUUUACUGUAGAUUGAAGCAUUACAUGUCAAAGCAUUGCAUUAUAAAGCAAAUUGUAUGCAUUUUUUUUAAAUAAAAAACUUUCCGGGAGACCUAUGGUUAUAUACGCACCAUUGAGUGUUACUCAUAGAAAUAAUAGAUAUAGAAUGCGUACUUGAUCACGAAUCAUGUCUCCACUUUUUCUCAUGCGUGCCCUUAUAAAUCCGCCACGUUUGAAUUUGACUAGGAGUGCAAACUACAAAGUAUAAACAAAGCUAAAACUACGUUUUCAUCGUCAAAACGUUUAUCCUGUUGUCUAAUUUGUAGUUUGGGGGUAGAUUUUGAGUUUUUUGAAGACACAAACUGUCAAAGCAAAUGUGCAGUUACAAAAACGGUGAAAAUCGUGCAGCCUUGUAAACAAAGUAUUUUCGCCGGUUUCUCGAAAUUUACUCAUAAAACAUUUUUGCAUGCUUUGAACGUCACUACUGUCACUGUUUUGCUAAUAUCUUAAAAGAUUACAAAAUGAUAGUUCUUUCUUCGUCGGGUUUCGUUUUUCUUUGCAUGAUGUAAACUAAGGUUUUUUAUUUUUUUGAAACAAAAAUAUUUAGUUGUCGAUAGACUGUAAAUUGUCUAAAUAAUCGUCGAAAACUAUGGUUUCAAAAGCGUUGCCUCGAGCUCAAGCAACACAGAAAACUAUGAAAAGUAAUUGUGUAAGUUUAAAAAAUUACUGAACUUCAUUUAUAUUAUAUUAUAUUAUAAAAAAGUUGAAAUAUUUAUAGAACAUACCUAUUGAGUUUGAGUUUGUCUUGAUAUUUCGGGUUUUGUUUUGGCUUGGACAACAACGUUGAAAAUUUAUUUUUAAACGAUGAUUUCUGUAUAUAUUCUGUUCAGAACUGUUGCUUUUCGUAAAAAAGCCCACUAGAAUGGGUUUUUAGACACUUUUUAAACUUUUUUUCCAUUUUAAGUCUCGAUAUAAAAAUUUUUGCAAACUUUGCAUUUGAAAAAACAAUUUGCACUCUCUGCAACCGCGCGAAAUUCCCACUGAUAUUCCCUGCCGCCUGGGAGUCUGGGAACCAAAAUGCCCUUAUAAAUCCGCCAUUUUGUGGAGACAAAUUAUUCACUGAGAAAAGAUAGGAGUAUGCAUUCUAUAUCUAUUAUUUCUAUGGUGUUAUUCCUGUCAGUAAAUGAAAUAUAUAUAAUUAUUCUAUACGUAUAAAUUUAUACGCAUAAAUGAUCUUAAUUGAACACCCCAAAUGCUGAAGGGAUUGAGGUCAUGUAAGUGGCCGAUGCCCAUUUUCGCUGACCGGAAGCAAAAUGACCUAGGCACGAGGUUGAUUAAUUACAUGAAGGCGGGAAGAAAGACAAAAAACUGAACCAAUAUUAUAAUUACACUCGGAACUAUAUCUGUGUGGGUGAUGCAGAAAUAUCAUCAAUUAAAAAAAAAUAUUAAAAAAUAUCCAGUAUAGUCCAGUUGGCAGAAGGCGAAAAUAUUAGGGAUAACAAUGCGAAAUAAUUGCACAUUAGGCUACAUUCUUAGUUAAAUAAACAACUUAUGAGUUAAUGCAGGUAUAUGAACCCUCAUAUUAUAGACAUACAUAUAUACAUCUAGUUUAAUUGCAUAAACGCAUACACUGUCCAGUUUAUUAUACCAUAUUCGCGAGUACUGGAAACAGUAAAAAUUGAUCAUUAUUAUCUAUACAAUUGAUCGUGAUGUAAUUAACUGUAUAGGUGUAUAUUCAUAUUCCUACAAGUAUGAGCUGGUAAGCAGAAAAUUAUUUCUAUACUUCACCACUGCUGGGAAUCGAACUCGUGACAUUCGCAUUUGUAGAACUAAGCUCUACAUUCUACGCUACAAUGCCAAGAUUGGAACGAUGUUAUUUAUUUGUGAUGUUAAUGACAUGCACGAAUUUCUUCCUUUCCAUGACUGGUGUAAACAAUAUUACUCCAGCGAAUGUUAUGUAUGAUUUGCAACACGAGUAGAAUGUCAGGGGUAAAAAUCAUGCACAACAGUCGCUGAAUUAAUAGCUGGCAUGCACCAGGCAUGGAAAGGAAGAAAUUCGUUCAUGUCAUUAACAUCACAAGUGAAUAACAUCGUUCCAAACUUCAAAGCUGAGAAAGUAGAGAGUCGUUCAAGAAAUACGUCGGGGGUUCGAUUCUUAGCCGCGUGAUCAAGUAGCAUUAAUUUUCUACUUGCUCGGCUCAUACUAGUAAGAAUAUCAAUAUAUACAAGGUGUCUCCAAAAACCGCUAUGGAAAUUCAACAGGCUGUUGUGCAUCACAAACUUAGCUAAACAAUUCCAUUCUUGCAUAGAAAGGCUAAAUAACAGCUCUUUCGUCCUAGGAGGACGAGCUGUUAUUUAGCCUUUAUAUGAUACCUUUCUUGAACCGUAACGAUGAGAAUGGCCACUCUCGCCAAAUAAAAAUUGUCGUUCGAAAUCACAUUCUUCCACCGUUGGGAAUUGAAAAACACUUUACAUUAAUUAGGCAAAUUUAUAUAAUCAAACCAAAAGCAACGCGAGUCUGCUGCAGGGUAUUCGUCUCGUAAAACGUUUGGAUUGCGAUGUUCUCUGUUAAUUCAGUGGUUAAUUGAACCAUGUUGAACGCAAUAGUGGACCUUAUUUUUGUUUCACUGUACUAUAAACCGAAACGAUUGAUGAGUUAAACUAACUUUAGUUGAUAAUCAUUUUAGAUAUGUUUCCUUUUUCCAUGCAAUUGCCAAUGGUGGAAGAAUGUGAUUUCGACCAGCAAUUUUUAUUUGACGAUUAUGUGGCCAUUUCUGUUCGUUACGAUAUAAAAAGAGUAUCAUUGACAAGCUAAAUAACUGUUUUUUUUGUUCUAUGUUAAAAUUGAAUUGUCUAGCUGCGUUUACGAUGGCGAUGCACGACAGCCUGUUGAAUUUCCAAAGCGUCUUUUUUAGACAUCCUGUACACCUACAUAUACAUUUACAUCACGAGUGGGAUCUUAUCCUCCUUUGAACGUGCAUGAGUGAAGUACAACGCAAUUAAUAAAUAAAAAGUUAUAAUUUAAAGCUUCAAUUUGUAAAAUUAAUAUAAGUUCAACAAUUCACAACUUAUUGAUUGCUCAUGAAGAUUACAUUUUCAACGUUUUGGGAAAGUGCAAUCCAAUGGAUUCAAAACACUGUUUAUGACUGACAGAAGACAUAAUUACUUGAACACGACCUUCCUUAGCCCUUUCAGCUUUUCACAACUUGAAUAAAAGACAUGAAGGAAGAACACAUUUCCCUUUCCCUUCCAAGACCUUUGGUGGGUUUCAUUAAGUGUUUUCGUGUAACAAAUGGUCGUCAAUAUGGAGUUAUCCGAUUAAUUUCUUACGCAUAUACUGCAUUUUAGCGGAAACAAAGGUUAAUAUUUAUACUGCAAUUAAGCAUUAUACUGUGCCAAAAAAGUUACUGCGUAAAAAAAAGUAAAGAAAAAAAAGGAAAAAAAACAGGAAAGUCAAACAGGAAAGUCAAACAGGAAAGUCAAACAGGAAAGUCGUGGGAGGCACUCAAAUAAAAGACCAUGACUUUCGUGCUCAACAUUUUUGACAUGUAUUAUUAAUUGGUAUAAAUAUUUUUGUAAUCAUCCUGCAAUUUGGAAAAAGUGCACUCGCGUGUUUUAAAGACUUCAAAUUGCAUUCAUCGUUUUCACUUGUGCAAUUUUGGAGGCCUUCGUACUCCACACGAAGUCAAGUUAUAAUCUAUACAAAUUUAGUACCUUGUGUAGUUACUAAUGUUUCUAAUAUAUAGUCUUUCUCGGUGCCCUCGUGUAAUUAAUUAUCUCAACUCCCCAGAAUUAUCACUCCAUCAACCAAGAUCUUCAUUUACCGCAGUUUCGCUCCUCAAAUUAUUUUGCUCUACAAGCAUUUCAGUUAGAAAUUGGCGUACAUAUUAUUACACAUACGAGGCUUCUUGCGAAAUGGGUAUACACAGUACAGCAACAAUAUAUAACUUAUACCUAUAUGGGAAAAUAUAUGCCAAUUGCGAUGGCCACAGUUGUCAAGAUGGUGUCGCGCACACCGAAAAGGCGUUUUCAAGCCUGAAAAAUCACAAACAAAUUUGUCAAAUUGAAUAAGAUUGCUUAUCAACACGCUCAUUAACAAUUCAAAUUGCAUAUUUCUGGAACGAUUUCGUUUGAAAUAUCAAUGUUUUAUUUCAGAUUAGGAACAUUAAUGUCAUACUAAAAUUUGCUUGAAUUACAACCAGAAUUCAUAUCACAUGUCAUAGCAGAUUUUUCUGUUAUACGUCCAUUGCACGGGACCUUCACCAUCCUUCGAAACCAAGCAAUGUUCGAAAAGUGAGAAAACCUCAAACUGAUUAGAUUCUGCAGUUCAUGGUAAAUAAUGCACGGAGUCACUAUGCAACGCGCACUUUAUCGCUCUCUUCACAGGGUUUUCCUUUCUUCCUUUCUUUCUCUCUCACGUUGAACCUGAGCCAUGUAGGGAUUGAUGUGAGUCAUGCUGCAGCCCGACAGAGCCAGAAUUGAUUUCAAAAUCUAGUUAGCCUAAUUACUUACAAGGCUCAAAUUAGAUUGGGGGCUAGUUAGUUAAGAUGAAGGCAAACACAAAAGGAGGGUUGUGUAAGAGUACAUAAAAAAGAAUACUAAACAAAAAUAAAAAAGUAUAGCUAAUUGAAACAAUUGAAUAGAAUGUUGUAUAAAUCGUAAAAAAAAACAUUAAAUUCGCCCUAUGAAUUAAACUACUUGUAUACUUGUCCUUAUGGUCAGAUGUAAAUAAUGUCUUGGCAGGGGAUUUUGUUUCCGUCGACGGACUUAUCGUCAACAUUUUAUUCUGAUAUAAUUUGGGAUAGUCGUAAACGGAAUUCAUCUGCUUUAAUUUGUUGCUUGAAAUGAAAAUCUCUAAAAUUCAAACGCAUAAAGAACUUCCAGAAUCGAAACUCUCCUGUCAUUUUUAAGGUAUUUGCGACCUUGUGAACUGCAUGCAGUUUUGAAUUUAAAAAAAAAAUUAAAUAAAGUUAUAUUGAUGUACGACUGUCUUGAGACGUUAUCUGCAUGAUCAAUACUUUGCUAUAUAAGAUGGUUAAUUUCGAGCGUUAAAAGCUCCCAUAAGCCGGAGUUCACAUAAUAUUAUUUUAUGUAAGAAGAGUGCUUCGCGUUUAGUUCUCUAAAACUUUUCGUCUGGUACUUCGAUUUCCGUUUAUAUAGCAAAACCACGCACUAUAGCUUCACUUAAUAAUCAUGAUCAUUAUAGAACAGAUACCUUAAGAGCUAUACUUAAAUAAUAUAUAAGUACUUUAUAAGAAUGGCACCUCUUGGUAUAAAUAUGGAGAUUUAUGUUCUAUUUUUCUCCGAUAGAACUAACUUGAAUGGAUCUAAAUCUAAAAUGCAUAUAAUGUUUAAAUUUGAUCCACAAACACUUCAAAUAUAUAGUAUACUUCUAAACAUGCACUGAGAAAACUUAGAACUAACUGUCAAUACAAUGUAAAACUGCAAGUUUAGAGGCUAAUUGUAUCGUUUGUUUAAUAUGAGUAAAGCUUUGAGCAAUAUGACUUUAUCGCUCUCUUCCAGUCUUCCUGGGGGUUUCCUUUCUUCCUUUCUCACGUUUAACCCGAGUCAUGCAGGGAUUGAUCUGAAUCAUGCUACCUGACAGAGCCAGAAUUGAUUCCAAAAUCUUGUUAUAAUGACUUGCAAUGUUCAAAUUAAACAGGAAAUAGAGUGCACAGUAUUGUACCAGUGAACGCUAACAAAUAAGAAAGUUUCGUGCAGUCAUAUUUCGAUUUAAUUUACCUUAAGAAUCAUGGCCUACAUAGAUGGGGAUCCAUGCCCUUUUUGUUUCGCCCCUCUAGACUAUAGGGACUAUGAUGGAGAGACUAAAAGAGAAAAUACUUAACUCUUAUUUUGAUACCUGCUUAUGUGCUUAGGCGUGAAGUGUAUCAUAUGAAUAUGAAUAUGUAAGUAGAGUGUUUCCUGUAUAGCAAAACCACUUCAAUUAAUAAUCAUAAUUGAGCAGAUAUUCUAUAGAACUAUGCAGUAUAAUGUAAUAAUACACGUACUGUAAGAAUGCCACUUCUUGGUAAAAAUCGAGAUUUAUGUUCUAUAUUUCUCGAUUUCUGAAGAAUUCUAGUAUGCAUAAUAUUAUAACGUUCGGUUCGCCGAAAUUUCUAUCCACAAACACCCAUUAUGCUAACUAUGGUAUGAAAUCUGUAUAUUUAUAAUACUUAUAUAUUAGUCUCCGUUUAGGCUCCUCGCAAUUUGUGUACAUAAAUUCUGGACUGGGGGAUUAUUAAUAUAGCUGUGCGAUGAAUAAAUGAUCAUGUCUUGUAAAUAAGUAUUAAGUUUUCAGACAAUUGUACUUCAUGCCGAUAUUUAGCCGUCUCAGUGAAGGCUACUUGAAAAGUACACAGGAAAAAGAACCAUCACAGACACGGAACAUUACCCUGCUUUUGAAACGCCUCUAUUGGCUGCCCGACAGAGGCAGAAUUGAUUUUAGGAUUACAUAAUAGCGAACCUUUGGCUUUUAAUAAGCCAAAGCUUUCUUUAAUAUAUGUCAUCAUCACAGAGAUUACUAGAGUUGUUUCACAGUCAUAUACUCUGAUGUGCUCCUACAUUGUGGAACUCAUUACCCGAUCAUACUUGCAUGAUAUACUAUAGUGCUUUAUGUACUAUUUAAAAAACGAGCAGGAGUGUUUUAUUAGAUUUAAAGCCACGAGCGCGCAGCGCGAGUGGCUUUAGACCUAAUAAAACACGACAUGCGAGUUUUUUAAAUGGCUUCAAAAACGUUUGCAUAAUAAGUCAAAUCUUUAUAUAAAAAUCUUUAUAUAAAAAUCUUUAUAUAAAAAUCUUUAUAUAAAAAUCUUUAUAUAGUUUGCAUAACAAUGGUCUUUUGUUAAAGUGUUCUUUAGCUGGUACAAAGACGUAUGCACGUGACUAAUUUCUUACUCAAGAUUGGAUGAUUGCUUCAUGAAUUAUUAAUGAGUUUUUGAAAGGCAUUUUUAAGGCUUAGUGAAAACAUAUCUUUAACAAAAUAUUUUGAUUAAUUGUAACUAAUUUUAAAGUUUAUCUAUUCAUGCAUCUAAUCUUCGUCUUAGAUCAUACUAUUUUUAGUCUUAGUUAUAUAUUGUAAAAGCAUGCAUCGAGCACUGAUGAUGCUCCAAAAAUGUUUUAUUUUUGUUAUUGUGCCAGUGAACGUGAUAAAGAACGUUUGUGCAGUCAUAUUUCGCUAUAAUUUCAUUGAGAAUGGUUAGUAAAUACAAGACAGACAUAAAUGAAGUGCUUGGCCUUGUUUUGUUUCGGCCCCUCUAGACUGUUGAAUAAUUAGCAGGCGAAACGGAAAAUGCGGAAACAAGGCUAGAGAUGAAAUAGAAAAUAGGUAACUGUUAUUUUGAUACUUGCUUAUUGCGCUUAGACGUUAAGUGCUACAGUAAAAGGAACUUAAGGAAAACAGCAAAUGUUGCAUUUUUUUCCAUUUGGAGUGGAAGAUAUUAAAUAACAGCCACGUGAUAAAUACAUUUUCAUAUCUUGUAAACAAUAUUAAGUUGCAGGCCAUCGUUCGAGGAAUAUUUUGAGAAAGUUGUACAUAAUAUUUACACUAAAUGUAGAGUGUGCACAUGAGUAUUGUACCAGUGAACGCUAUAAAAACUUUUGUGCAUGCAGUCGUAUUUCGCUUUAAUUUAGAUCGAGAAUGAUUAUAAUUAGCUCAUGCCGGGCCUGCGUAUAUAGGGAUCCGUGCCUAAAUAGAGGGUUUGAACUUGUUUUGUUUCAACGCCUCUACACUGGGCCAGGGGAUAAUUAGCAUGGGAGACGCUGUUAAAUGAGGCUGCAGUUAAAAGAGAGAAUGCGUAACUGCUAUUUCGACACCUGAUUAUAUGUGCUUAGGCGUGAAGUGCUUCAGUGAUCAGAAAGGAACUAUAGGGAAACAGAAAAUAUCCAUUUCAAGAUCUGACUAGGAUAACACGAAAAUAUCCAUCUCAUAUACGUCCGACAUUAUAUAGAUUCAACUAACAAAAAUAUUUAUGACAAACUAUAUUUUUAAAUGUGAUUUGAUCCUAUUAAGUUCAUUGUAGAUGUAACUAAGUAUUGGAUAUAAAUAAAUUCUGGGUUGGUGUGCAGAGCGGUAAUACAAAGUUUUGGUUUGUGGAAACAAGCAGGUAUAUUUAUUGCGAUAAUGCAUGAUUUAUUAGAGCGGUACUAUAUUCCGCCUAACAGGAGGGGUAUUGACAGAUUUGCAAUAAAAAAUGUACAUGAGUUUAUGUAUACAAAAGUUAUAUUCAGGCAAAAAAUUGCCUGAACAUAACUUUUGUAUCCCAAAAGCACGAGGCCUCAAAAAUUGCCGUGAUCAAAUAAGAAAUUACACAAUCCUAAGUUUUUAUCGUAAUAGAGAGAAUUAUGUUUCAAAACCCAUAAACAGGCGAGGAAUGAAUAAGAAAUAAAGUCGUAAAAAUGAAAAAUUGAAACCUUUAAUUUGCAAAGUAAAUACACGUGGUGUAGCCUAUAUUAAACAGCUCCACAACAUGAUUGAUAGUUUAGCAAGAUAAAAUUUUCACUGCGCUUUAGGAAAGUGCCAACCAAUGGAUUCAAAGCACUGUAUGUUCUUCGCAGAAAGCAUAAUUACUUGAACAUGCACGCACGCUUCUUUAGCCCUUUCAGCUUUUCAUAACUUGAAUAAAAGACAUCAAGCAAGAACACAUUUCCCUUUCCCUGGAAUGACCUAUGUUGGGUCAAGUGUGUUCGUGUAAAAUAUGGUCGUCCACAUGCAGUUAUCGGAGUGGAUAACUUACCACGGCGGAUAUAACUUACCGGGGAACCUUACCACGCAGUCAUUUCAUGGAUUAGAACACGCUUAUCUUUUGAGAUUUUAAGAUCGGUGAACACUUGUGUCAGGGGAUCUAGAAGGCCCUUUAAGAACGCAAAUGACUUCAUAGAUGAUUUUAAUGUAAAUGCUAUAAUGCAGCAGAAAUUUUUUAGAUACUUUUAUAAUGGACUAUUUAUAUGGAUAAUUUUCUUUUUUAACUAUAAAUAUAGAACACACAAUUUAUCAAAUAAAGGUAAAAAAGGUAUUAAAAACUUUAUUAUGUAUGCUAGCUUGUUAUCCGAGUAAAUCGUUUCGAAAAUGUUGCAUUUUAGGGGAAAACGAAAGUUAAUUAUUAUAUACUGCAAUUAUGCAUAUAUACUGUACUUGUCAAAAAAGUUACUCUGUGCCAAACAGGAAAGACGUGGGAAGCACUCAAAUAAACGGCCAUUAUAGUUUCCUUCUCGACAUUUUUUGACAUGAAUAAUAAAUUGGUAAUAUUUUGUUCAUCCUGCAAUUGAAAAAAGUGCACUCGCGUGUUUUCAAAGACUUUAAAUUGCAUUCGCGUACCUUUUGACAAGACAAUUUUGAACGGGCCUUCAUGCUCCACACGAGUAUAAUUAUUAUCUAUACAAAUUUAGUAUCGUGUCUAAUUAAUAGUGCUUCAGAUAUUGUCUUAAUUCUCGGUACCCUCAGGUUAUUAAUUAUAUCAACACCCCAAAUUCCUACUACAUUGACAAUUAAGACCUUCUUUUGAAUUUUUUCUUCAACAACCCUUUUUAGAAAUGUGUCUUAAUACAUAUAUUACAUACAUAUUACAUGAUAUCUUGCUAAGUUGCAUAGUAUACACACGGUACGCGAACAAUAACUUGAACCUAUAUACGAACAAAUAUUCCCAUUGCGAUAAAGCAAUUGUGUUACCAGCGUUGGCGAGAUAGCGUCGUGAACACAGGAAAGGCGUUUCGAGGCCUAUAAAAUCGCAAAAAAAAUUGGUCACGUUCCAUAAGAUGCUUAUCAGCACGCUAAUUAACAAUUUAAUUUGCGUAUUUCUGGAAUGAUUUUAUUUGUAAUUUCAAAGUUUUAUUCUAAAAUAUAGGAACACUGUCAUAAAAAUAUUGGUUGUGUGACAACCAGAUUUCAUAUCACGCGUCAUAUCAGCAGAUUCUUUGAGAACCAGAAAUUGGCGGCAAAAUGGUCAUUGCUUUAUACUAGUUUGCAUAUAAUUAAUAUACAAUGGCUUUCAGUUUUUACUGGGAAUAUACGGUGUGAAAAUGUUUAUCUCGCAACUAUUGCAAUCUGAGAGCUCGCGGCUACUGUUUGCCUACCACUUGAUCAAUAAAAUAUUAAUCCAUAAUCCCGAGUGCACAUAACCGAAUAUUGCAUGUAAGAAAAGUGUUUCGCGUUUGGUUCUCACAAAAAUCACAAGUUCUCUUUUGGUACCGUUCGGUUUCCCUUUUUUGUUUUGUUCUCUCUAAACUGGGGUAUAAUUAGCCGGGGAGACGGAUACAAUGAGGGAGGGGCUAAAAAAGGAAAUACGCACCUGUUAGUUCGAUACCUUCUUGUUCGUGCUUAGGCGUGAAGAGCUUCAGCGAAAGGAACUGUAGAAAAAACAGGAAAUAUCCAUUUCAAGACCUGACAAGGAUGACAUGCAGAUGUAUUUUCAUCUGACAUACGUCAGGGAUUAUAGAUUCCAGCUAACAAAAAUAUAUAAGACAAACUAUAUUUUUGAGGUAAUUUAAUCCUCUUCAGUUAUAUACAGUAUAAUACAUAUGUUUUGGUUUGCUGAAAUCAGCAGAUUUAUUUAUUGUUGAAAACUUUCUGCUAAUGACAAUGAUAUAUUACAGCAGUGGUAAAUAUCCCUAUUAACAGGGAUAUUGACCUAUUAUAGCAUUUAUAAUAACUAGCUAUAAAGUGGUCAGUAAACUUGUAACUUUAAACAACUCGAGGACGAAGGAUGUUUGUCUAAUGGUUCAUAAGAAAGCUACCUAAAAAAAAAUAAAAAAAUCGAAGGAAUUGAAUGCAUUGGUUGUAAUCCGCAUGAAACAAAUUAGAUUCGCUUUCUGGAUUAAUUUCGUUAUAUUGAUUUUGUCCAGCAUCGUCAGAUUCAAAAUACGCCUCGGAGAGGGGUUCAUUUCAUAUCACGCAUUAUCGUCAAAAUAUCAAAAUUUGUGAUAUAAGUUUGUUUGUGCAAGUCAUGAAGGGAGUCCGUCCAAGUACAUUCUUUUGCUCAAAAUGAAAAUCACUAAAACUCAACCUAAUAAUACUUUAAAUUCCGAAACCGCAUUCUCAGAACGCCGAAAUUCUCCUGGUAUUUUCAGGUAGUGUGUUCUUGUCAAACGUGGUUAAAUUAGUUCGAAUUAAAUCCGACGUACAAAAAACACGCCUACAAUAUGCCUUCUGGAAGUUCAAAAACUGAAGCACUUGAGAUAUAGUGGCUUUUGCGUAUGUGAUUCUUUAUAUUAACUUACAGCAUAUUAACUUCAAAGUUUUCUUUACAAUUAAGAUGCUAAAAAAGAUAUGUCAAAGCACUCAUUAUAUUGGCUUACAAUGUUGUCAAUCACCCUAAUGAAUAUUGUAGUCAUGGCAAGGUCGUCGUGAGCUCUGCAUAAUGAAGCCUUCAAAAGAAUAUAAAAGGUGCGAGUUUCAUCAGUUCGUCACUUCAUCUUUGGUCUUCAAGAAAGAAAGAGUUGGAAGAUAACUUAAAGAACAAUGAAGAAUAUUGCACUGUUGUGUUUCCUUUUGGUGGCUUCAGCCUGUGUGCUUGGUACGUAUGAUAUGAAUGUAUUUAAUGUUUCUAAUUAUUGUAUUGUGUGAAUCAAUUUAUUUAUUUAUUUAUUUAUUUAUUUAUAAACUUUACAAUCAACAAAACGAUUAAAGGUACAGACAACAGGACUGAGGAGUCCCAAAUCAAGUCCUACCUACACAUUACACUGACAUUGUAAAACAAUAGAGACAGGUUACAACUUUAACAAAGCUAAAAUACAAAAUUACAACACACGAUCAAUGCGUUGCAACCCAUCUUUACACUUUCCAAAGUUAAUAUGGUUUGGAAAAUGACCAAGUUAGAAAAAAAAAUUAUACAUAUAGAUGAGUCAACAUUGUGCAGCACAGAUAUAGUCACAGAAUACAGUAAACAUCCUAAACAUGCAUGUGCUCCAAGCUGUCCCUGCAUUUUCCAAAGAUAUAGACUGCCCGGGUGUUUUUUUAUCUGGGCGUUUAAUUUAUAAUUUAAUUUAUAAAGCCACAUAUCAAGGAUGCUUUUCCAGCCAUAGAUCUUUUGUUAGUGCACUAAUCUUCCAAGUGAGAUACGUAGUCAAGUUGCCUCGCAACUGUCUCCUUAAUCUAUUCCUUGUAAAUGAUCCGUUUUAAGGCAAAUACUAAAUUUGCAGACCCAAAUCCUGACCCCGAUACUGCGACACACUUUGGCUUGAUAGAAUUAAUUUAAUUAUUUUCCCAACAAAGUUGCCCGCGCUGAUGAUGAGACAAAAGCUGUCGAUGCUUCCAAGAUGGAAGAUCAGCAAGAGACUCCUGAUGUGAUGGCUGACGAAGAACAAACGGAAGCUGACGAGACUGAAACGAAAAACAACGAAGUCGAAACAGAAAGUGACGAAAAAGAGACGGAAGAUUCCGAUGAGCAAGAAGAUGACGAUCCGCAAGAAGAUGACAGUGCGCAAGAAGACGAAGAGAUCGAAGAAGAUGAAGGUAAACCAAUAUUUCUAAUAGUGUGCACGUUAUGGCUAUGUAGCAUUGAGAACUCAAUUUGAAUUGAAAGAGAUUGGUUAAUGAGAACAAAUUUUGUCGUCCAAAUUAUGGAUAACCCUUUCCAUCGAUCAGUAGCUAGAAAUGAUAUUAGCAGCACAACGUACAUGCAGGGGCGAAACUUUUUGGGGUGGGGUGCCACACCCCCUACCCCCUCAAAUUUUGCCCCUGGAUACAUAGACCAAUAUGGACGUCAUUUGCCUCUUUUCGAGAUACCAGAUACAAUGUAGUAAUUUGUAACUGUCAUAUCAGCAUAAAGAAAUAUGACUGAGCUAUUAAUAUCCCUUGUUGCAUGUUUGGUUUCUGCCAGGGUUCUGCUAUAAUUCAAGUCCAAAGUAAUUAGUAUAAAGUUUACACUAAAAAUUUCCAUUCACAAAUCCUCCAACAUACAAUAUUAUUUAUUUCCACAAACCUAACUGGAUAUUCCUUUCUUUCGAUAAUAUACCGCCCAAAAAGCGGUUGGUAGCGCAGAAAAAUAUAGAGAAUAUAGUUAGCUAGGCUGUAUAAAGGAAUUAACAAACAAUUGAAAAAAUAUGCUUCUUUCUGUAGACGAAACAACCGAUAUCGCAGAAGAUGAGCACGAGAAACGAGGUCAGUGUUUUUCCAUUGUUAUCAUAUUAUAUUUCUAAAUUAAUUUUCUAAAUUUAGUUCCUUUGUUGAAAUAUAUAUUGAAAGGGUUAGUGAAUCGCAUGGUGAAUAGCAAGACAAAUAUGAAGAAAAAAAAGAUUUUCCAGUGUGAUAUAGACAUUGAAUUUUCAAAAAAAACUUUCAACUUUUAGCAGAUAUAUCACACGUUGUUUGUCCUCAUUCAGACGUGCUAGCUACGUCCUAACAUGGAUUUUGCAACUUAAUUGUAUUUCAGAUGCAGUUUUCUAAUUUGAUCUCAAAUAUAUAAAAUUGACGUACGAUGGGACAAACUGGCUGAAGGAGUCAGUGAGUUCCAUUCUCGCAAUAUCCUUGUGAGGAACUUUAAUCCUUUGAGUAUCUCCAUUAGCAAGAACAAUAUUUUUGUAUUCAAUAUUCAAUUCAACCAUCAGUUCUCCUAACAACUAGGAAAGUUGUGUUUCUUAAUUAUUCUGCCUAGGUAAAAGCCCACUAGCAUCCUAAAGCUGUAUUAGAUUCACACGAUUGUAAUCACAUGGUCAGAUUUCUAUACGUUCCAAAUCACCAAUGCUUGUUUAGCCAUCAUCCUCUGUUUCUAUUUUCUGACCUCAACAAAAUUGACACAAGGCUUAAUAAAGCUUUAUUUGUACGAAUUUCCUACAAUGUGGUUUAUAUAUUCAGGUUGGGCAUGCAGACGAUACAGGAAAGGUAGACGUUGGUGUAAGGCAUGUGGAUGCCGCCGUGUAUGCAAAGCCAAAGUGUGCUCUCGACGUGUCUGCAGACGAGUGAGAUGUACCAAGAGAGUAUGCCGUAGGGUGAUCAAAUACAGAAUCGUUAGAUACAAAUACCGCAACCCUCAUUACUACGGAUAUGGGAGACGUCGUUACUUGUGGAGAAUCAAAAAGAUUCCAUACAGAGUUGUCGUCUGCAAACGUGUGCGAAGUUUCUGCACAAAAUGUUACAACCGACGUUAUUAUUGCGGUCGUGUUUGCAGACAUGUGUGCAGAUACAGAAAGGUAAGUAAUGUGUUAAUGAAUACUUAUAUAUUUCUCCUAUUCCACGUAGUGGCAUCACCUUAGUAUGUGUACGAACUAUUGUCGUUGGAUAUUUGAACCCAAAGGUGGAGAUGCUCUAAAAAAGGAGAGUCUCAGGUUCGAUCCUGUGCGUGUAUGCGUGCAUGUGAGGGGGAUGAGAGAUGCGGUCAAUGGUUCCAUUAUUUGCAGCUAAUAUGACGGCCGCAAUUCAUGAGAGAUUUGUUUUCGACUAAACGCGUCUGAUUGAUCAACAAUAUAGCUAGCGCCAUAGUGGGAAUCAAAAGUCUUAAUAUUAUCUUGUAAUACGUUCCAGAAAAAGUUUUUCCCAUCUGAAUAUUUACGGAUGGUCCUUCGUACUAAAUUCUCUGAAGGCGUUUGUUCGGAAUAUAUAUAUAAUGGAAGGUAGUUCAACCAGGAAUGAAGUUAAACUUAUUGUACAAUAGUAUCAUCAUUGAACCCCUUGCUAAACGUAUAUUUACCAUUGCGUAUAAUUCUACUGUGUGGCUUUCUAUUAAAUUAUUUGCUAUUUUCUCUAGUGCCAUCCCUACUACGGAUAAACUACGUCAUACCUACAAGAAUACCUGGCUAAGAAAGGAUAUCUCCAAGUAGAUAACUCCAAAUUUCCUUGAAAUAUAACAUGUAGUUAAAAGAUGUGCACAUUUCUCGAAAUUUUCUUUUUAAAAAUAAACUUAG